AUGGCACAAGGGAUCUACAUAUAUGACACAAAGAACACAUUCACUGCUUGGCUUGGCUUCUCAUUUUCUCUGAACAGCACAGACUACCAAGGCAGCAUAAAUUUCAUUGGGGCCGAUCCCAUUUUGAUUAAAACUAGGGACAUAUCUGUGGUGGGUGGCAUCGGAGACUUUUUCAUGCACCGGGGAAUCGCAGCCAUCAACACCGAUGCAUAUGAAGGUGAAGAAUACUUCAUGCUCAAGGUGGAUAUCAAGUUUUAUGAGUGUUGGUAA